CGAGGUGAAUGAGGCAUUGAUUGAGUUACACAACGUGACACAGACUUUUGCUAGAAAUAUUCAGCAUUCCUUUUCAGAUUUUGAUCUUCGAGUUCUAAUGAAUACACUGAAGGUAGUGUACUCUCCCUUUGAAUCAUUUAAACAAAGGUAUGGACAGAUGGAGCGGGCCAUCCUUUCUUCUGAAAUUGCUGGGGUGGAUCUCAGGGGAGCUGUUACUCGUGGUGUGGGUGCCCAUGGGAUUGAACUCAGUGAAACAGUUUUCAGAAUGGAGGAAUCUAUUCCCCAUAUCAUUGUACUUCUUGAGGCAGCUGUAGAAAGGUGUAUCAACUUUACUGGUGAUUCUGAGGCAGAUGAACUAAUUCUUGCACUUGAUGACAUAAUGUUACAAUAUAUCUCUGCUUUACAAGAGACACUAAGAUCAUUAAGAGUGUUGGGUCAUUACAUCUGUGGAGUAGACCAUGAUGGUGUUGGUUCAAAGAAAGAGAUGGGAUCAGACAAGAGAGAUGGCAACACUGCACGAAAAGUUGAAUUGAUUUCAAAUGAGGAGGAAUGGUCCAUUGUUCAAGGGGCUUUGUAG